AUGUACCAGAAUUUACAGCCAGGGAGGGGCGCGGGCAAAUGGCGGAUUAAAACCAAUGACAUAAGCAUCUAUCUAUCUAUCUAUCUAUCUAUCUAUCUAUCUAUCUAUCUAUCUAAGCCUUUUUGUUAUUCAUUCAUUCGCCUUUAUUUCUUCUUCGUUUUUUCCAUUAUUCUUUCUUUCCAGGUUCCUUCUUCAUUUAUUCAUAUUUCUUUUUGUUCUUCUCUCUUUCAAUCUUAUUUUAUUCUUUCUUUUCAGUAUUCUUUUUCAUUCCUUCAUUCAUUCAUUACCCUUUCUUCGUUCUUUCUUUCGUCUUUUAUUCUUUCUUUCCAGUGUCCUUCUUCAUUCAUUCAUUCAUUCAUAUUUCUUUUUGUUCUUCUCUCUUUCAAUCUUAUUUUAUUCUUUCUUUUCAUAUUCUUUUUCAUUCCUUCAUUCAUUCAUUACCCUUUCUUCGUUCUUUCUUUCGUCUUUUAUUCUUUCUUUCCAGUUUUCUUAUUCAUUCAUUCAUUUUUCUUAUUCGUUCUUUCUUUUCAGUUUUCUUCUUCUUUCAUUCAUUCAUUCUUAUUCUUAUUCAUUCUUUCUUUUUUCCAUCAUUCUUUCUUUCCAGUUUUUCUUCUUUCAUUCAUUCAUUGGCCUGCUUUUCUUCUUCCUUCGUUCUUUCUUCUUUACUCUUCCUGUCCAGUUUUCUUUCAUUCAUUAAUUCAUUCGUCUUCUUUUAUUCUUUAUUUACAGGUUUCUUCUUCUUUCAUUCAUUUAUUCUUCUUCUUUUUCGUUCUUUUUUUUGUCUCUCCUGUUUCAUUCUUCAUUCCUUUAUUCAUUUUUCUUCUUCUUCUUCUUCUUCAUUUUUUUCUUUUUACUUUUAUUGUUAUUUUCCAGGUUACGUCUUGUUUAAUUAAUUCAUUUAUUCUUUCAUUCCUCUUCUUUUUCGUUCUUUUUUCGUCUCUCCUGUUUUAUUCUUCAUUCAUUCAUUCAUUCAUUUUUCUUCUUCUUCUUCGUUUCUUCUUCUUUCAUUCAUUUAUUCUUCUUCUUUUUCGUUCUUUUUUUUGUCUCUCCUGUUUCAUUCUUCAUUCCUUUAUUCAUUUUUCUUCUUCUUCUUCUUCUUCGUUUUUUCUUUUUACUUUUAUUGUUAUUUUCCAGGUUACGUCUUGUUUAAUUAAUUCAUUUAUUCUUUCAUUCCUCUUCUUUUUCGUUCUUUUUUCGUCUCUCCUGUUUUAUUCUUCAUUCAUUCAUUCAUUCAUUUUUCUUCUUCUUCUUCGUUACGUUAAUUCAUUAAUUCUUUCAUUCUUCUUCUUCUUCUUCUUCUUCUUCUUCUUCUUCUUUCUAUUACUCCACCUCCUUCUCCUUUUUCUAAUUCUCAUCCUUCUUCUUCUUCUUCUUCUUCUUCUUCUUCUUUCUAUUACUCUACCUCCUUCUUCUUUUUCUAAUUCUCAUCCUUCUUCUUCUUCUUCUUUUUCUUCUUCUUCUUCUUCUUCUUCUUCUUCGUUUUUUCUCUCUUCUUUUAUUUUUCCCUUCCAGUUUUCUUUCAUUUAUUCAUUCAUUUUCUUCUUCUUUUUUCUUUCUUGCCUCUUUUUCUUUCUUUCCAGUUUUUUCUUCUUCUUUCAUUUAUUUAUUCAUUGUGCGGCUUGUUCUUUACCCUUUCUUUCUUCUUUUAUUCUUUCUUUUCAUUUUCUUCUUUCAUUCAUUCAUUCAUUCAUUCUUUCUUCUUCUUCUUCUUCCUCUUUUUCUUCUUUAUUUAUUAUUCGUUCUUUCUUUCCUCUUUUUCUUUCUUUCAGUUUCUUUCUUCUUUCUUUCUUUCUUCUCCUUGUUCUAUGUUUCGUACAAGAUUCUUUUUUUUCCAGUUUUUUACUUCUUUCAUUUAUUUCUUCAUUCAUUCAUUCCUUUUCUUCUUCUUCUUCUUCUUCUUCUUCUUCUUCUUCUUCUUCUUCUUCUUCUCAUAUAUAUAUAUAUAUCUUCUUAUGUCGCGAUUUGGAAUCAUAUUUUUAA